UACUGCAUUGGCUUACAAAUCUCAACCACCCUAUCUUAAAAUCUUCUGUGCAACCAGAAAAAAACGGACCUUGCCCUCAGUCUCUUUUUUCCAUCAUCACUUCAUUAAACAUUAUUCACUCUCUUUCUCUGUCUCUAGUUUUUACAACAUGGCUACUGCGGUAACUGCUGCAGUGUCCUUUCCAGCCACCAAGUCCACUUCUCUUUCAAGCAGAACCUCUAUCACUGCCCCAGAUAGAAUUGUCUUCAAGAAGGUUUCGUUGCAAUACAGAGAUGUUUCAACCAGUGGAAGGGUAGUUUCAAUCAGAGCACAAGUGACCACAGAGGCACCUGCUAAGGUUGAAAAGGAAUCAAAGAAACAGGAGGAAGGUGUGAUCGUGAACAAGUUCAAACCCAAGAACCCAUAUAUUGGUAGGUGUCUUCUCAACACAAAGAUCACUGGGGAUGAUGCACCUGGAGAAACUUGGCACAUGGUCUUCAGCACUGAGGGAGAAGUUCCUUACAGAGAAGGACAAUCAAUCGGGGUAAUUCCUGAUGGGGUUGACAAGAAUGGCAAGCCUCACAAGCUGAGAUUGUAUUCAAUUGCUAGCAGUGCCCUUGGUGAUUUUGGAGAUUCCAAAACUGUUUCUUUAUGCGUGAAACGUCUUGUGUACACAAAUGAAAACGGAGAACUUGUCAAAGGAGUUUGCUCAAAUUUCUUGUGCGACUUGAAGCCAGGAGCCGAAGUAAAGAUUACUGGACCUGUUGGUAAAGAAAUGCUUAUGCCAAAAGAUCCUAAUGCAACCGUCAUCAUGUUGGCAACUGGAACAGGAAUUGCCCCAUUCCGCUCAUUUUUAUGGAAAAUGUUCUUUGAGAAGCAUGAUGAUUACAAGUUCAAUGGUUUGGCAUGGCUCUUCUUGGGUGUCCCCACAAGCAGCUCACUACUUUAUAAGGAGGAAUUUGAAAAGAUGAAGGAGAAAGCACCUGACAACUUCAGGCUUGACUUUGCUGUGAGCAGAGAGCAAACAAACGAAAAAGGAGAGAAAAUGUACAUCCAAACACGAAUGGCUCAAUAUGCAGAAGAGUUAUGGGAAUUACUGAAGAAAGAUAACACUUUUGUCUAUAUGUGUGGACUGAAGGGAAUGGAAAAGGGUAUAGAUGACAUAAUGGUUUCAUUGGCUGCAAAAGAUGGUAUUGAUUGGAUUGAGUACAAGAGGCAAUUGAAGAAGGCAGAGCAAUGGAAUGUCGAAGUCUACUAAUUAAUAUCACUUGCACUUGCUCAGAUAUCAUGCCCUACUUUGUGCAGCAGCAAAUCUAUUUUGCUGUCAUGCGCUGUGUAGAUAGAUUACGGCCCUGUAAUUUUUCUAUGAUGGGAUUUUUUACCUUCCUUAUGAACGUACAAGCUUCAUUGCAACAGCCUUGCAUGAAAUAAUUUUGAGGAUCUAUCAAUAUAGAUGAAGUCAACUUCUGUUUACAAAUUUCCUAAA